AUGGUCGGCCAAGGUGAGGCGCAUAUGUACACAUCCGCCAACGAGUUUCUGCAGGAGCCCGACGCGUCGAGCAUCGUCGACCCCGACUUUGCCGGAUUCGCGUUCGAGCAAGCCUCUCUCUGGAACUAUGCGCUAGACCUGGAUGGGAACCCGAACGUCUUCUCCCAGAAUCUCAUUGCCGAGGUCACAAAGCGCACAGGUGGAAAGCCCUUGAUUAGACUUGGUGGCACGAGUGCCGACUACGCAUACUAUCUCGAGAAUCAGACUACACCAGCUGAGCCCAGAGCUGAAGUAUACAACUACCAAGAUGUCGGGGGGACCACAAUCGGCCCAUCGUAUUGGGACCUAUGCCUUAAUUUCCCCGAUGCCUUAUAUAUCAUUCAGACCCCUCUCGCUAUCACGGAUAUAAACGAGACGGUACUCUGGGCCACGACCGCGGUGGAGCAUAUCGGCAUCGACAGGAUCCAUUCCUUCGAGCCUGGGAACGAGCCCGACCUUUAUCCCUCAGGCAACUUGGGGCCGCCGACCUACCAAGGCAAGCAGGACAACGAAUCCUACGUUGGCAACUUCACAGCGUACGCAGCUGCCACUGCCGACGCAGUGAAUGCCCCGUCCGAGCCCUUCUUCCAGGCCUUCGACGUCAGUGCCCACUUUGGUCUCGAGGAUGCUUAUAUCCUCGACGUGCCCACGGGCUUCGGACUCGGCAUUGACGAUGAUAGCAUCGUCAAAACAGUGGCGCACCACUACUACCAGACGGACUGUUGCCUCACAGCUGGAGACCUCGCCACUGGCCUGAUGUCGCACAGAGCCAUAAGCGGGCGCCUUGACCUGUUGAAGCCCGCAAUCGACUGGCUGAAGGAGAACAAACCGCACAUCCCUUAUAUCAUGUCGGAAAUCGGCAACUCGUUGAACCCGACCCAUGACUACUCCUAUCAGGCCGUCCUGGGCUCCGCCCUCUGGCAGGUUGACUUCCAGCUGUACAGCCUGACCAUCGGCAUCGCCCGCUUCAACUUCCAGCAAAUCAUGCACAGCGGCUUCGACCUGUGGCUGCCCGUCGCCUCGGGCGACUCCCAGCCGCAGGUGUUCGCCAGCUAUUACGCGCAACCGUUCGUGACGGACUUUGUCGGCAGCAGCGGCAGUGCCCGCGUCUCGCAGCUGGACAUCACGGACGAGGCCACCGGCAAUUGGGCCGGGUAUGCGGCGUUUGAAGAUGACGUCCCAAAGAGGCUGGCGUUCGUGAACCUGAACUACUGGAACAGCUCGAGCUCCACGACAGAAAGGGCGAGCCAGACUGUCACGGUCGGGCUGCCGGAUGGCGUCACCAGUGUCACGGUGGAUCUGUUGAGUAGCCCGCUGGGAGCUGGGGCGAGCGCCGAUACGAUCACGUACGGAGGGAGUCAGUGGACGUAUGAGAGCUUGGGGAAGGAGGUUACGGGUGUCAGGAAUGAUACUAAAAUUUUGGCUGUGGAGAAUGGUCAGGUUAACAUCACAAUCUGUCAGAGCUCAGCGGUUUUGGUGCACCUGGCAACCUGA